AUGGUGGCCAAGUGCGAGCGGUGCGAGUAACAUGAGAGAAGAAGAAAAAGUGUGCAAGCUUGGUUGUUGCGGGUGAAAGCAAUUGAGAGACUGGGCUGUGUUACCUGAUCAGUCACAUUGCGAACGCGUUAGGCGUCGCGACGCUCAGCGCUAUCAGUGUUAUAAAGUAAAUCUAACAUCGCGUUCCCUCGCAAUAAAUAAAUGCAAAGUGGUUUGCAUAGGAAAUUUUAUCUAUUAAUCCUUAAAAAAAUUCAAUAUUGUGAUUAUAAAAUAAUUGCGCUUACAGCUUGACGUAUCUUCGUCGAAUAUAACGAAUCUUAGAUAAUAACGAGCACUUGCCUUUAUCAGUAAUUAGAACUUGAAACGACGGUAGAAAUUUGAGUGGACGACCUUACCUGGUGAAAAACUUCUUUUCGUUUCUCCCCGUGGAAGUUCUUGGGACACGGGUGAUCGUAAAACCUGGCGUGAUAGCUGAUGCGCUUACGCAAGAGGACACUUAAGGUUGCAUAAGUCUGUGCUGCUGGAUGUUUCUUCAUUUGCCUCAGCUGAUAAUACAUUAUUUCAGAAGGUGUCAUGUUGUACGCGACUUCAAAUUACAUGCAGCUUAGAUAAAGGAUAGAAUGGAUGUUAUCAGACGAAACCCAGUCUACUAGACGUCGUCACAGUACGUUAUCUAGUUUGUUCUUACUGAGGUGUUACUAAAGUUUAUGGAAAUAAAACGAAUUAUACAAUUGGGUUUUUAAAUAAGAUUAACCCUCUCUCACUAAAGCUUAGUGUGAAAUACAAAAGUGCUCGUACUGGCCAGUGAAAAUAUAUGGUACUAAUGUAUGAAUCCUACUUAACUGGAUAUAUUAUCACUCUCCUUUAAGGACAUCUGUUUACAUGACUUGGAUAGUUUGCAUAAAAUGAUUACAAGAGCAUGAUUCAUGAGACUUUGUACGAUUGUGUAACCGAACAUUAGUGUCGAGAAAGUGGAACACUAUGAGGAUGUAGAAGUAAAGUGACGAAGAUCAAAAGUUAAAGAAGAAGGGGAGUAUAAAGUUCUCUGAUAGUGUACAGCCAUUUGUAAAAGGUUCAAUAGUGAAUUUCUUUCUUGUUCUACACACUCGGUAAGGAUCCUUCAGAUUAAUUAUGACGGCCACGGACGAAACGGAACCUUUGAUAGCUACAACCCCUUCCGGUGGUUCGGCAUCAGCAUUGCUGACUGCCUCUGGUAGUAAACAACGAGUUAACUAUAAUUCAGUGACUUUUGAAAGCCACGGAAAUGGAAAGGAUGUGGCUUACGCUGGUGGGAGCCCGGAAGACUGCGUUCGAAUGGAACCAAUAGCCACUGAAGGGGCUGCAGCGUCAUCUACCAAUUAUCAAGGUGCCGGGAUGCCUGAUAAGAUUACGUAUACUUGGAGUGACAUCAAUGUCUACGUAUCUGGUAAGAAGGAUCGAUUUUGGAAACGAAUCUUCAAAGGAAAUAAACUUGUCGAGCAGAAGCACAUACUCAAGGAUGUGUGCGGAGUGGCGUAUCCUGGUGAACUACUCGUCAUCAUGGGUUCUUCCGGCGCUGGAAAGACUACGCUGCUCAAUGCACUGACUUUUCGUUCUGGUCGUGGAGUCACUGUAUCAGGAAUCAGGGCUGCAAAUGGACGUCGUGUUACUUCUACCGUUCUUACCUCAAGGACGGCUUAUGUACAGCAGGAUGAUCUUUUUAUUGGUACUCUUACCGUCAAGGAGCAUCUUCUGUUUCAAGCCAUGCUUCGUAUGGACCGCGAUAUUCCAUAUCGUCAACGCACCAAACGAGUUGACGAAGUCAUAUCCGAGUUGGCUUUGACAAAAUGUAAAAAUACAAUAAUCGGCAUACCAGGACGUAUAAAGGGUCUUUCCGGUGGUGAAAUGAAAAGAUUAUCCUUUGCGUCGGAAGUCCUAACUGAUCCUCCGUUAAUGUUCUGUGAUGAACCAACUUCCGGUCUGGAUUCCUUCAUGGCACAUCAAGUAGUAUCCGUUCUGAAAGCUCUGACCGCCCAAGGAAAAACUAUCAUUGCAACAUUGCAUCAACCAUCUUCUGAGCUUUUCGCAUUGUUUGAUAGAAUUUUGUUAAUGGCGGAGGGCAGAGUCGCAUUUAUGGGUAACGCUGAACAAGCAUGUGAAUUCUUUAAGACGUUGGGAGCAGCGUGCCCAAGGAAUUAUAAUCCGGCUGAUUACUUCGUCCAAAUACUGGCAGUGGUGCCGGGUCGAGAAGCAUCCUGUAGACAUUCAAUAAAUUCGGUCUGCGACACGUUCCAGCGAAGUGAACAAGGCAUAAAAAUCGCCCUCGAAGCCGAAGCAGUUCAUGGAGAUUUCGAAGAUUCCUUAAGAGACUCGACAACAACAAAAUCUCGUUCAGGUUCGCCAUACAAAGCCUCCUGGUGUGAACAAUUUCGAGCAGUUCUUUGGCGUUCCUGGCUCUCGGUGAUCAAAGAACCAAUCCUUGUUAAAGUGCGACUACUACAGACGGUCAUGGUGUCUCUUCUUGUUGGCGUCAUUUAUUUCGGUCAGCAAAUAGAUCAAGAUGGCGUGAUGAACAUAAACGGUGCUCUCUACAUUUUUCUCACGAAUAUGACGUUCCAAAACGUUUUUGCCGUGAUCCACGUGUUUUGUGCGGAAUUACCAAUAUUCCUGAGAGAGCAACGUAAUGGGAUGUAUCGGACUGAUAUAUACUUCAUUUGCAAAACUCUGGCGGAAACUCCAAUUUAUAUCGCUGUACCUUUUAUAUUCACUAUGAUUGCGUAUCCCAUGGUAGGACUUUGUCCAGGAUUCAAACACUUUUUCAUCGCUACUAUGAUCGUCGCACUCGUAGCUAACGUGUCAACUUCCUUUGGUUAUCUCAUCUCCUGUAGCAGCAGCAGUCUAUCGAUGGCAUUGUCAAUAGGUCCACCCGUUAUUAUACCGUUUUUACUCUUUGGAGGAUUCUUUCUGAACACAGCGUCUGUACCAGAGUACUUCACGUGGUUCUCUUAUCUCUCAUGGUUUCGAUACGGAAAUGAAGCGUUACUUAUUAAUCAAUGGUCGGAAGUGGAAUCGAUAGCGUGCACACGAAGUAAUGCCACCUGUCCAAAAACAGGUCACGUAGUACUUCAGACAUUCAACUUUUUCGAAGAAGAUUUUUGGACGGAUGUGGUCAGCCUUGUUGCUCUGAUCAUAGCCUUCCGGUUCUUAGCAUUUCUAGCUCUAUUUUCUAAAACGUUCCAUAAGAAAAUUAUGGAAGAUAUACUUCAGGAGCUGGAGGACAGAACCCAAAUACGACAUGAGUCGUAUUCUGCAACAUCUGAAACGAAAGGAACGACAUUAUCAUGGCGAGAUCUUUGUAUUUAUUCAACAUCACGUGGAAAUCAAAUUUCGAAACAGCUGGUAAACAAUGUACGCGGUGCAGUGAAAUCUGGAAAUCUUACGGCGAUCCUUGGUGGGAGCGGUGCAGGCAAAACAUCACUUAUGACGGCCCUGGCGUUUAGAACGGCCCCUGGUAUUAUUGCCCACGGUGACAUUCUUGUUAACGGACGUCUUGUGGAUUCGUCAUAUAUGAGACAGCAUAGCAGCUUCAUGCAUCAAGAAGAUAUCUUCAUCGGUACUAUGACAGUCAUGGAGCAUCUAACCUUUAUGGCACGCAUGAAGCUGGAUCGGCGAAUAAAGUCAUCGGAAGUUCGACAAAGGAUAGACAGCCUUCUCCGUGAGGUCGGCCUGUCAUGUAAACGAAAUACACGAAUUGGUAGCGGUGGUGCUGACGAUAAGGUUUUAUCAGGAGGAGAAAAGAAGAGACUGGCAUUCGCCACUGAAAUGCUCACGGAUCCCAAGAUUCUCUUCCUGGACGAACCAACGACGGGUCUUGAUGCACAUUCGGCUAGCGUCCUUGUGUCUCGACUAACCUCAUUUGCCUCACGCAAUCGAACUGUCCUCUGCACAAUUCAUCAGCCUAGUUCUGCGACCUUUGACUCGUUCCAAAGAAUAAUCCUCAUGGCUGAUGGACGCAUAGCUUUUUCUGGCACUAGCUCUCAGGCUGUCAAUUUUUUUGCAAGUCAAGGUUACGAAUGUCCCCGCAGUUAUAAUCCAGCCGAUUUUUUAGUGGCGACAUUGGCCAUUGCUCCAAGAGAUGAAGACAGUUGCAGGAGAACCGCGCAGAGGAUAUGCGAUGCAUACUUGACAAGCGACGCUUGCAAGGAACUCGACGUAAUUUUGCAAUUGGAAUUGCACAUUGCUCAAUCAUAUGACUGGAGGAAAAAUCUUCAGGAUGACAGAAAUUUCGCAGAACCACACUGGUAUUCGCGAUUCUACUGGUUGACUCAUCGAGGUCUUCUUCAGGUAGUACGCGAUCCUUCUGUGCAGCUCCUGAGGAUUCUUCAAAAGCUGUGCCUCGCAACAAUGGCCGGUCUCUGCUUCGUGGGCGCGGUUAAAUUCGAUCAGAGAGGGAUCCAGGCAGUUCAAGGUGUAAUCUUCAUUCUGGUUUCGGAGAAUGCAUUCUUCCCGAUGUACGGAACACUUUCGGCUCUUCCUCAAGAGUUACCACUUUUCUUAAGGGAAUACAGAUCUGGCAUGUAUCCUGCCCAUCUUUAUUAUUUGGCCCGGGUGAUGUCUUUGAUGCCUGGACUCAUCAUUGAACCUAUUUUAUUCACUGUGAUCGUUUAUUGGAUGGCAGGAUUACGUAAUACUAUAGAAGCCUUUUCUAUGACGCUUGUCGUCGUAGCCUUCACUAUGAAUGUUUCCACAGCUUGUGGAUUCUUCUUUUCGGCUGCAUUCGACAGCGUACCGUUGGCGAUGGCUUAUCUCGUGCCCUUUGAUUAUAUUCUUAUGAUCACUAUGGGUCCUUUCAUUAGGCUGGGAUCAUUGCCAAUAUAUGUGCAAUGGGUCAAGUAUAUAUCUUGGUUGUUGCAUUCGACUGAAUCACUCAGUAUAGUUCAAUGGAAGGAUGUACAUAAUAUUUCUUGCGAAACAACCAAUUCGGAUCUACCUUGCAUUACCGAAGGAUCCGAAGUGCUUAAUCGUUAUGAUUUUGACGAAGCGAAUUAUUGGAUAGAUAUUUUAUACAUGUCGAUCAUUUACACCGGAUUCCAUCUUCUCGGAUAUUUUUGUCUGUGGAACCGUUGCCGUUCAAAGUAAAUAACUGUAUUCGAGCUGAUACGAAUCUAUUUGCACUAACAACGAAUAAAGCAAGAUAAGUUAAAUU